UGGAUUGCAGCGAUUCGUGGCAUAAGCUAACGUUGACAGACACAUGUAUAAAUACGCAUUAUUUAUGGGCAAGUUAAUGGAUACGGGCGUAUGUCUUGUUUAAGUCGUAAGUUAACUUUUCAAAGUAGGUUAACGGUUAAGAUAGUUAGCGGCCAACUAGCUUUCAAGGCUAACAUACUGUAGGCUUUGAGUUCCAAUAGUAGUGAAGCAUUUUCCGACAACCCCACCCACGCCUUAUUUCUAUUGGCCGGGAGUGGCUGGAGUCAUUUGUCGUCACCCAGUUUGAGGCCUGUGAAUGGCUAUGCAAACGUCAGUCAUCUUUUCACCACUUGUUGCUAGGGAGAUUGUUUGAUGUUAGCCAUGGCGGAAGUGGGUAGUCAAAAUACAAGUAGAGGUACCUGUCACUUUUUAGGGUAAACAGAGAUGCUAUCUAACUAGCAAAUGUGGCGACACGUCAUAUCACUGCUACUUUAUGUUAUGUAAAUAGGCGAUCAUACACGUGUAAUAGCAGCAGCUGGAUCUCAAAACACAGAGUAGCUAACAGCUAACGUCAUAAGGACGAAGAUAGGCGCAGCUGUGCGAGAGGAGGGAGGGACCCUGCCUGUCACCUAACGUUGUCGUUGUUGCGUGUGCUAGUCAGUCCAGGGAGCUUUCUCGACUCUUUCAUUCACCUUCAGCAGCACCCAUAAGAAGUAGUUGUCCUGUAAAGGGUGGGGUGAUGCGUAAAACUCUGUGUUCCUCAUCUCUGGUCUGCUGAAUUUCCGAGAACGGAAAGGCAUUGCGCGGUGCCAGCCGACAUCACUUCUGUCUAGUCUUGGGAGGAUGGAGUGGUUGCAGUGAGCUAGCAAGUCCUUUUUUCAUUUACAUGUGCGAAAUGCAAAUGUGUGUAGGAAUGGGAAGAUGAGAACCUGAUGAAGAACAAAGCUUUGAGCACAGACUGGACUCUCUCAGAGGAGAAACCCCAUCUUGGACCUUACAUGCCUUUUAAACGUUCAGACUCCUGUUGAAGACCCUUUCCCCUCACUAUCUGUAACCACUUUUUAUGUUCAUGUAUGCAAGUAAAGAAGUAUUGAUCCAAGGUAUUUGGGCCCAUUUUUGUUUUUAUUUUUUACUUUCACCUUUUGUUCCUUUGUAAAGAAAUGCUUUACCUGAAAAAGUACUUCACAGAGGGCCUGAUUCAGUUCACCAUCCUUCUGAGUCUCAUUGGGGUGCGGGUGGACGUUGACACCUAUCUGAACAAUCAGCUCCCCCCACUGAGAGAGAUCAUCCUGGGCCCUAGCUCAGCCUACACGCAGACACAGUUUCACAACCUGCGCAACACGCUGGACGGCUAUGUCAUCCAUCCAAAGAGUGUGGACCUCGACCAUUUUUUCACCACUCGACGGCUGCUGAACCAGGUGCGCCAGCUGGAUCGCCUUUCUGUGCCCAGUACCGAGCUCAACACCUGGCUAGUGCAUCGUGACUCUGAAACUGUGGUGUCCACCAGUAGCCAGUCCAGCCCCAGCAUCACCCUGGACAAUGGGGCCGGCCUAGAGGACGUUAACAACCCUGACGCUACCCUGGCCAUGAGGGGAGGAAGUGGAGCACCUGAAUCCACGUACAACCUGAACUCAGCGGACAGCAGCCUGGGAGCUGUGGCCCCAGAGGGCAACCAGGAGCAGAGCAGCAGGGAGGGCAAUGACGACCUCACCAAAGAGGACAUUGACUUGAUUGACAUCCUAUGGAGACAGGACAUCGACCUUGGUGCAGGAAGAGAAGUUUUCAACUACAGUAACCGUCAGAAGGAGAGUGAGGAGGAAAAGCCAAACCCCCAUGAAAACAAAGACGGGAAUGAGGAACAAGAGAGCUGGAGAAACGGAGUGAACUUACAAGAGGCUCAGCCAGUGGACGGGGAGACGGGAGAAAGUAUUCCAGAGCAGCUCCCAGGUAUCGGCUCACAGACUUCGCUGUCUCUGCAAGAGUGCUUGAGACUGUUGGAGGCCACUUUCCCUUUUGGAGAAGAAUCUGAGUUUCCAGCCCCAGUUGUCACCCCAGAAAUACUUUCCAAUGAAGAAUCUCCUUCCACAUCUCAGGGCCUCCCUCUGGCACCACAGCUGCCCCCAGCAGAGCCACAGUUAGACCUGGAGCAGCAGUGGCAAGAUAUCAUGGCCAUCAUGGAGCUACAAGCAAUGGAAGUGAACAAUACUUCACUCAACUCCAACUCCAGCAGUAUCAAUGGCACGACUGGGACACCUGAAUCAAACACAGCAGGAAACUUUGAACUUUCUACUGGCUCAACACCAGUAAACCAGGAUGUCAGCCUCCACCAGGCCUCCCUCCCCAGCUGCAGCCAAGACUUCCCCCAGAUGUUCAACCCCCAGCUGGGCUCUGUUAGCAUCACUCCAAGAACCACCAUGCCCAGAAUUUCUGCCAGCAACUCCAGCAACAUCAACUCCACGUUUGGAGCCACUAACCUGACCGGGAUCUUUCUCCCACCGCACAUUAAUAGCUCUAGUAACAACAUAACAUCCACACCUGUUCUGCCAGAUCCAUUCAGCACCCUGCUGGAAGAGUCUAUGCUCGAUGAGAUCAGUUUGCUGGACCUUGCCAUGGAGGAGGGCUUCAGCCAGGCCCAAGCUUCCCAGUUGGAGGAUGAGCUUGACUCAGAUUCCGGUCUUUCCUUGGACUCAAGCCACAGCCCGGCCUCCCCAAGCAGCUCUGAGACCUCCUGCUCUUCAGCAGCAUCUUCCUCUUCAACAUCCGCCACCUUCUCUGAGGAGGGGGCUGUGGGCUACAGCACUGACUCUGAGGUUGCCACUGCAGAGACAGAGGAGGGUGCUGUUGGGGGUUAUCAGCCUGGAUACAGUAAGCUCUGCCGGAUGAGCUAUCAGGACCCCUCCCAGUUCCACGGCCUUCCUCAGCUAGACGGCAUCAGUCACAAUCACACUUACAACCUGCCACUGUCCUCUGCGUUCUCCGAGCACCCAGAUCUCCCCGUUUCAACUGGGAAGAAGACUGUCCGCGACAAGCAGCACUCAAAGCUUCAGCCUCAUCCGGACUUGCUGGACAAGCACGCAAGUCGCGAUGAACGCCGAGCCCGGGCCAUGAAAAUCCCCUUCUCCAACGAUAAGAUUAUCAACCUGCCUGUUGAAGAGUUCAAUGAGCUUCUAGCCAAGCACCACCUGAGUGAAGCCCAGCUGGGCCUCAUCCGUGACAUCCGCAGGCGAGGAAAGAACAAAAUGGCGGCCCAGAACUGCCGCAAACGUAAGCUGGACACCAUCAUAAACCUGGAGCAGGGCGUCCAAGACCUGAGGCGCGACAAGGCCCGUCUGCUGAAGGAGAAGAUGGAGUUCAUUCGCUCCAUCCGGCAGAUGAAGCAGAAGAUGCAAAGUCUGUACCAGGAGGUGUUCACUCAGCUACGGGACGAGGAGGGCCGGCCCUAUCCUCCCAGUGAGUUCUCGCUCCAGUACAGCGCUGAUGGCAGCGUGCUGAUCAUGCCCCGCGGCGUGACAACCGCUGAGCAGAACCGUAAGCCCGAGAAAAAACAAAAAGACAAGAAGAAGUGAGAGGUGCAAACUGCUGUUUAUCAUAUAACUUUGCUAAAUCAAUAAGAAAGAUUUCUGCAGAUGCAAGAGAGGUGUCCUUUUUUCCUUUAAGAAGAUUCUGGUGAGUAGAAAAAUUGUUGACUACUCUUCCUGCAUUAGUUUCUCCCUUUUCAUUCUGUUCCCACAUUAUUUACCUGGAAACAACUUUGAAGCGGAAGUAGCUCUUCGUUUGAGUACUGAUAUUUCAUUAUUCAGACGAGGGAAAACAAUAAGGAAGGAGAGGAGGGAUAUAAAAGGACACAAAAUGAGCUAUUAGAGAAGUUUUAGCUGCUCUCGAUCCUUUUGCGCCAAACCACUGAGGACGGAGAAGAUUUGCAGGGUGAAACAAAGGAGCGGUAUCGAGAAAAGUGGGGGUAAAACAACACUGUCAGCGAGUAUGGCUGGAGUACCUAUGCACGGAAAGUUUUAAAAGACUAUCAGAUCACAUCCCACCCUGAAGACUUGUAGUGAUUUUCAUUGUCACUGAGGCUUUUAAGUUGCAAAUCUUCAGGCAAAAAACAGCAUCUAUGGUUGUGAGAGAUGAGAUACCAAAGGUUAACGGAAGUCCAUCGUUUUUAGGAUGCCAUUAACACCUAUACUAACCAAAGGUUGUAUGGUGCACACCGCUUGAUCCGAAUACAUCUUAAACGCUCAAACACUGCACUCUAAUUCUGUAGGUUUGUAUCGCAAAUUCCAGUUUUUGAGUCAGUUUGUUGGUUGCAUCCAAGUUUAGGAGGCCCUAAAGAGAUUGGGUUUGACAUGUGGAAGGAGGAUGUUGUAACGAGAAGGAGUCAGAGGCUGAGUGUUCCUGGGCUGGCCACUCCUAGAAGAGGCCUGGAGGUGAAGUCCUGCAAGAGGAGCAGAUGGAUGUUUUAGGGAGGAGGCACACUGCAUUGCUAAAUGUAUCAACUUCCUUAUAAAUUAUGCAUAGCACUGUAAUUUGUCUUUAAAAGGCUUGGCUGUAUGCAUUUUGCCGUGUCUGUCGCUAUUCCUUCGCUGCAGGUUUAAAUACAGGAGCUGCGUUUAGGAAGGCUCUUAUUAACUGUUCAUAAUCUGUAGUAUAAGCAAGGUUAUAGGUCUAGCCACAUCAGCUUUAUGUAAAAGUCUACACCAACAUUAUUUGAAAACUUCACGCAGAGUCGUGAUCUUAAGAGGAAUUCAACAUACUGUGAUGGGCCAGGAGCUCCAGAGGAGAGUACUGUAUGAUUAGCACCAACUCCAGGCUGUCACAGAUCAAAAUUAGGGAUUUUUUGUUUUGGUUUGUUCUGUUUUUUCCUCCUGGUCACCUUGUUUGACACAUUAGUUUAAACCGGGCUCAGUUAUCGCUGUGGUGUAGCAUUUUCCCUCUUCAGUAACUUGUUUGCCAACGUUCCCCCAGCCGGAAGCCACUGGAGGAAUUUUUUUUAACUGCUGUAAUGCUGAGGUGUUGUCGUAAAUAUUCUGAGUCCUAUGUUUCUCUGUGUUGAUGACAAAGUGAGCCGCGGUGUUACACGAGAUAAAAGUUAAUUGAAUGCGUGACAUGACGCCGUGUGUUGUGGCCACUUUGAUUUGAAUGCCUUUAUUUCACAAUCUCAUGAACCUUCACUUUAAAUGUUUUGAGGACAGAAGAAAAAUGUCCUCAAAGUAGAAGUGCUAUUACUUGUCUAUCUGAAUGAGGUUUGUCCGUACAUGUUAAAUCAAACUUUUUAGGAAAAAAAAUAGGUGAGGUGUUGCAGUUAGGAUAGAAUAUUUACCAGAGGCUGAACAGAACCCGCUACAUUAAGAUGGUGUCCAAAAAACAUCGUUUUGAAAGGAGAAAUGUCCUCAUAUAAUGUGAUAUUCAGGCAUGAAACUGGUUAACAUUCACUUCAGUGUAACCCAGUACCACACCAACUAUUUAGUACUGCUACUACUUAGUGCACUUUUUUUUGUCUGUCUUGUUAUGUAAAUAUUUUCAUGUUUGUGUUCGUCAUGAUUUACAUAGUUUGUCAAAGGUCUCCAUAACAGUCUCACCCUCUGCUUUGAGUUUGGAUGUAGUCCCCCUCUGUUUUGAGAUAUUUGCUGGCAAUCAAGAAUUGUUUCUAUUGAUUAAUAAAGUGUUUUUAUUUUCA